UUGGUUGUCGUUUGGCAGCCUUCUCCUUCACUCAGCUCUUGUUUGUGCCUUCUUGUGUCUCAAGUUGCGCUGGUCGACAACGACGACGACGAAGAGUCUUCGCCACCGUUGACUACAAUGUCCAACUUACCCUCUCCAAUGUCGGAUGACAUGGACGACACCGUGUCGUCGACUCCCACUCCUUUUAGCCAUCUCCAUCGCUCGAUGAGCCAUGGUUCGCAGUGGUCGGCGUCAGACUCGCCCCAGCAUCACAACCAAGGAACCUCUUAUCAGCAGUCCCCCCCAUUGCGACAGGGUCCACCUCCCAUCCUCUCUCGCAGCUCCUCGUCGCAUUCUGUACGUCGUGAAGCUCGCAGUAGAAGCGUGAGCAUUGCCGGCAAAGGUUUUCACGAGGACGACCAUCUCAACGAGGAAGAUGAAGAUGGUGAUAGCUCCGAGCAUGCUGACAGGCGAGUUGGCAAGUCCGUCGCCCCCAAUGACGACGAGGCUGCCAAUGAUGCCGAUGAAUCCGGCUCCGAUAGAGAGGAAGACCCCAUCACUCUCAAGGACCGACAGUCGCUCAUUAAUGUCGAGCACCCAUUUGGUCUCCCCAUUUGGAAGCCGGCACUGUACAAAAAAUCGCGUUCAGUCACUCGCUACGCCGACGAAGCACUGCAUUCCAUCCCUUCUGCUCAGGCAGAGCGCCAUCUCUUACCUGGCAACAUUUUCUGGGUUGCCGUAUUUGGUUGGUGGCUUUCCCUGGUAUGCUUUGCUGUUUCUGCUCUGCUCUAUCUCGUUCCCCAAGGUGGCAAGCAGUAUUCUACGUUCGUAUUUGGUUUGGGGUGGUACCUUGCGUGGCCUUUCGGGAAAUACGUGGAAGGUGAAGGGCUUGAUGAAGAGGCGGAGGAUGAGGACGAAGAUGACGAUGACGAUGCAACAUCACACGAGCGCCAUUGGAGUGGGGAUUCUUCGCACACAGUCAGAGCGCCCGAUUCCGACGAUCAGUCCUCCAGCACCAUCCGAGGCGCUACUUCUGACUCUUCCCCGAGAGCGCAACAUGUUCAAACAAUGUCUUGGAAUUCUGUUGUCAUUCCUGGAGAACACACUUCCCUCCUCCAGACGGUUUCGGAACUUCACUCAACACCACCUUCCAAAUCAUAUGGAGCGACCUUAUCCACCGCCUCUUCCGAGUCAUCGGUUGGCGCUGCUAAAGAAAGUCCGAAAGCGGCCACACUUGGCAAAAUCUGCUUCUGGCUUGGAAUGGUCUGCAUCAUUGCCCCGCUCAUGCUCGCCGUUUGCCUCAUCUGUUGGGGUCUUAUCGUCACUAUCCCGAUGGCCAAACUCAAUUGGGCUCUUCUCACGCACAUCUUUUCUCAUCCUGACACCAUACGAUUCUGUGCGGCACCUCCAGCCGUCGUAGUUUCCGAGCAAGUAGAGCCUACCGAUGUUGGGGAUUCGGCAUCCUCCCCUGAAGCCAGUCGUACUCACUUUUCACUUCAACAUCCUCGCAUUGCUGCAGGACAAGUCGCGCCGUCUGGUUCGUCCAAGGUGCUGCUUUGUACUUAUCGUGCAGUCGGAUUGCAGUACUAUAAGUACACUGUAGGGGGUGUCAAUAUCCUGUUCGUCAACCUCAUGCCCGUUGUGUUCUUCGUCAUCUUCGAUGGGUUGGUUUUACUUCCCAUGGUCGAAAAGCUCGAAGAGCAUCACAAGCAUGUCCCAGGUUUCCUGGCUUUCAUUGCAUCACAGGGUCUCAUCUUCAUUCUCAGUUUGUCGAGUGUCAUUCCUCUGUCGUAUUUCAUCGGCAUGGCCGUUGCGUCUAUCUCCGCCCAGUCUUCCAUCGGGAUGGGUGCCGUCAUCAAUGCCACUUUUGGUUCCAUCAUCGAAAUCAUACUAUACUCUAUGGCCCUGGUGCAGAACAAAGGGCAUCUUGUUGAAGGUUCAAUUGUUGGUAGUAUUUUGGCGGGCGUGCUGUUGAUGCCUGGCAUGAGUAUGGUCAGCGCCGCGUUCAGACGAAAGGAGCAGAAAUUCAACGCCAAGAGUGCCGGCGUCACCAGUAUGAUGUUGAUCAUGGCCAUCAUCGGAGCAUUAGCUCCUACGUUGUUCUAUCAGACCUAUGGGAAUUUCCAAUUGAUCUGUAGUGGAUGUCCGUCCGCACCUGGACCUGGCGGUAGUAAUAUGCCUUGGAUCUGUGAUCAUUGUUACUACAAACACCCGGACCCCGUCGAUGAUCCUUUCUAUCAAUCGACUGUGAAAAGCUUGAUGUAUUUCUGUGCCGUCAUCCUACUCUUCUCGUAUCUCGUCGGUCUUUGGUUCUCUCUCCGUACUCAUGCCAGCCAAAUCUGGCAAAAUCCCCAGCAGCUAAUGCAUUCUGUGGAGCUCCCCAUUCAUCAACGGCAAUCGUUGUACCACCGUCUCGUUCCGUCUGCCGGUGCCGCAAAUCCUAACACACCCGGGUCUCUUCACCGCAAGGAGAGCCAUGUCCAUAGUCUCGGCAGAGAUACUGCAUCCCUCUCCCAAGCUCCGCUAUCUCAGCCAUCUACUUCUCGUGGACCUCCAUCCCCUGUUCUACCUCGCCGAGUCUCUUAUGCCAGCCCUCCUCCAAUCCCUCCGCCUGUAAACUUUACGCCCGUCAUGGAGAGUGUGGAUCAAGCCGUGAAGAAUACUGCAUUACAACCUAUGCAUCUUCCUGAGGCAAUGACUACUGAUGAUUUCACCAGAGCUGUGGCGGUAGCGACGGUUAGUGCCCUACGUCAUCAACAAGCUCAUGCUGCUCAGUCUCCGGGUCGCGCGCGCGCAUCGGGUGCUGAAAACGAGUCUGCGUCUGGUGGUCAUGGGGGGCACGAUGCGCCGUCUUGGAGUCGCACUACCAGUGCUAGUGUCUUACUCGCAUGUACUUUGUUGUAUGCUAUCAUCGCAGAAAUUCUUGUCGAUGUCGUCGACGUUAUUUUACAAGGUUCUGGGAUCGACGAAAAGUUCCUUGGUGUUACCCUAUUUGCACUUGUUCCAAACACUACCGAAUUCAUGAAUGCUAUGUCAUUUGCUCUUAAUGGCAACAUUGCUCUCAGCAUGGAGAUCGGCUCAGCGUAUGCUCUUCAAGUCUGUCUUCUACAGAUACCCGCAAUGGUUGCGUUCUCCGCUUAUUGGGCCCCUGAUAAAAUGGGCGAAGUUGCAAAGACUUUCACACUUAUCUUCCCUCGAUGGGACGUCAUUGCUAUCAUCCUUUCGAUGUUUUUGAUGACAUAUACGUACAUCGAGGCAAAGAGUAAUUACCACCGAGGAAGCAUUCUCAUUCUAAGGUAGUAAUUCUUGAUAUCUCGUUGGAAAUAUAUUAACAGACCUGCACAGUUAUCUUGUUCUCACUGCUGGGUUCUUCUUUGCGCCUCAUGAUGGUGAGGGCGGAGAUCAAGCCGACUCUACCACCAUUCAGGAAUUUUCGUCUUUAACCGGACUUCAGUACGCCAGAUGGUAUCUUUUAUCCUGGUUCCAUUGGUGGUUGUAAUUCUUUUUCUCCUCUUACACGGAACCUAGCACGUAUUUAUCAGAACUCGGUCUGCCCCAGUUCGUUAACUCAUUCGAUUCAUUUUUUAUUUCCAAUACUUACAUAACGACUCUAACGAACGGACCACGACCAUAUUCCCUAUUUGCAUACGUACUUUAGACGAUUGUCGAUGACUGCUUAAUAUUGCAUACGCGCUUAGU